AUGAAGAAGUCCAUGCCAAUCCUCGGCCCACAAUGGUCCUCACAAGCCAAAUUUGUAAUUGAGUUAGGAGUAAAAGCUCAAGUCCCAAUCAUAUCCUUCUCAGCCACUAGCCCAUCCCUUUCUCCCACGCAAAGCCAUUAUUUCGUUCGGACAGCCUACGACGACAGUUCACAGGUUGGCGCUUUAGCGGCUGUUGUUCAAGCUUAUGGUUGGAGGGAAAUAGCGCUUGUUUAUGAAGACACUGAUUAUGGUAACGGCUUGGUUCCAUACCUUGUCGACGCAUUCCAAGAGGUCGAUGCUCGGAUCACUUACAGAAGCGUUAUUCCUCCAUCUCCAGAAGAUAUCGACAUCGUAAAAGAGCUCCAUAAGUUGUUGAUGAUACAGACAAGAGUGUUUCUUGUUCAUAUGACUGCUGUGAUGGGGUCUAGGUUCUUUGUUCAAGCGAGUGAGAUGGGAAUGAUGAGCGAGGAGAUUGCAUGGAUUGUCACCGAUGGUUUGUCGUCUUUACUAGACCCUGUCAGCUCUAAGGCAUUGGACUCGAUGCAAGGUGUGCUGGGUGUUAGGCCAUUUGUACCACCAUCGGAGUCCCGUGGAAAUUUCGAAGGGAGAUGGAAAAAGCAGUACCCCGAGUUAUAUUCACACUACGAGAUUGCUAACCUCAGUCUCUUUGGCUUAUGGGCAUAUGACACCGUUUCAGCAUUGGCGAUAGCAGGAGAGAUGGCCUGGGAUCCUGCAAAGUCUAGAUACUUAAAGCCGAAUACGAGCAGCAACAAUCUCAACUUUUCGUCCGUUGGGAUUUCUGAGAUGGGCCCGAAAUUGCUUGACAAAAUUCUAAGCAUCAAAUUUCAAGGCCUUAGCGGUGAAUUUCACUUGCCCAAUGGCGAACUUCAGCCCAUUGUAUUCGAAAUUUUUAAUGUUGUAGGACAGAAAGAGGAAAUCGUUGGAUACUGGACUUCGGCACGAGGACUUUCACCCGAAUUGAACCAAUCAAUGAAGGUAGAUUAUACAGCUUCAGCCAACGAUUUGAAGCCCCCUAUUUGGCCAGGAGAUACACUAAAGCCACCGAAAGGUUGGGUGAUGCCGAUUUCAGGAAAGAAAUUAAAGAUUGGGGUUCCAAAGAAAGACGGCUUUAGGGAGUUCUUCAAAAUCGAACGGGAUCCGCAUACGGGUGUACCCAGCUACUCAGGAUUCGCCCACGACAUAUUUCUUGCUGUAUUGGAUGCAUUGCCUUUUGCUAUUCCUCACCGGUACGUUCCUUACGUGAACGAGAGCAGGCAAAGUGCAGGAACCUAUGAUGAUAUGUUGUACCAAAUUAAACUUCAGAAAUUUGAUGCGGUUGUUGGAGACACGACUAUCGUUGCGAACCGCUCGUCCUACAUCGAUUUUACACUUCCCUAUUCAGAAUCUGGUGUAGCAAUGGUAGUUGCCAUUAAGGAUGAUGAGCGGAGGAACAUGUGGAUCUUCUUAAAACCAUUGAGUUGGACUCUGUGGCUAACGACCUGUGUGGCCUUCAUUUCAACUGGGUUCUUCGUUUGGCUCCUCGAACAUCGUACAAAUGAAGAAUUUAGGGGUUGUCUUAGUCAACAAAUUGGUUUAAUAAUCUGGUUUUCCUUCUCCACAUUGGUGUUUGCUCACAGAGAGAAGAUUGCAAACAACUUGACAAGGCUUUUGCUCAUCGUAUGGGUAUUUCUGGUGCUUAUCUUGACUCAGAGCUAUACUGCAAAUUUAGCUUCAUUUUUAACCGUGCAACGUUUCGAGCCGAAGUUUGUGGAUGUGCAAGACUUGAUAAGGAAUCGCCAUUUCGUCGGAUAUCAGGAAGGAUCAUUUGUGAGGGGAUUUCUCCUAAGACAAUUCAAUUUCGACGAGUCCAGAUUAAUUCCUUAUGAUACGCCGGAGGAAUACAACGAGGCACUAUCGAAGGGAAGCGAAAACGGAGGAGUCGCAGCAAUCUUUGAUGAAUUGCCGUACAUAAAGCUCUUCCUUGCUAGAUACUGCAACAAGUACAAAAUCGUAGGACCAACCUAUAAAACCGAUGGGUUUGGCUUUCCUAUUUAUGUCUCAUGA